AUGUCUUUACGUCGUGCUGGUGGUGGAUAUAUUCCUUGGCCAACAAUUACAUAUAGCAAUAAACAUUGCGAUACAUUUUUACAGAGAUCAUAUUCUAUAUUAUCUGGACCAAAAGUCAGAUGGUCAAAAUGCAAAUUGCCAUGCGUAUUUCUAUCAAAAGCAGAUGAAGAUAGACAUAGUCAAUGGAUACAUGGGCCAAAACCGAAACUUCAAAGAUCUUCAGCUCAAGUGAAUAAAGUUGUAAAACGAAGAAGACGUUGUCUUUCACCUGAAUGUUAA